UUGGAACGUGGUUGACACAAUGAUGGCUCUAUUCCUAAUCACUACGCCAUGCCAUGCCUCAUCAUACGAUGUAUGAUGUAUAUGGACUCCCAUUCCACCCAUUCCUGUGUGGGUAUUUCCCAGUUCCAGGUUCCCAUUUCCGGACCUUCCCUUCCGAGAACUUGACCGGCGUACCGGAGAGAACUCGGCGGAUGGAGAAAGAAGAAAUAUUUGCCACUUCCAACUUGUGAAGAUGCGUGGCUGAAAUGC